AUGAGCAAAGGAGGUGAGAGAAUGGACAUUGAUGAGGACGAAUCGCAGGAUAUCGCGGAUAAUUCGCAACAAGGUACACCCGUAGAAACCAAAAAGAAAAGAUUUGAAAUUAAAAAAUGGACUGCAGUGGCGUUCUGGUCAUGGGAUAUAGCCGUUGAUAAUUGUGCCAUUUGCAGGAACCACAUUAUGGAACCGUGCAUUGAAUGUCAGCCAAAGGCCAUGACUGACACUGACAAUGAAUGUGUGGCAGCGUGGGGGGUUUGUAACCAUGCUUUCCAUUUGCACUGCAUCAAUAAGUGGAUCAAGACGAGAGAUGCAUGUCCUCUAGAUAAUCAACCGUGGCAGUUGGCAAGAUGUGGUAGGUGA